UUACGUUUUAAAAUCAAAACAAAACUUUGAAGAUCGCCGGCUUUUUUUGGUAAUUUGUAAUUUUAUUUGUCCUUAAACCGAGAUUUGAAAUGUCCACGACGGCACCCACUCGCCCUCUGGCAUCUUUUUGCCGGCUUUGUUUAACCAAAACCUCCAACAAGGUGCCCAUCUUUGGCCAGGACGAAGCCAACGUAAUCAACCUGCUGCUGCUGAUUGAGCUGGAUAUCGAUGCGGACAACGAACCGGAUGCUGGCGUGUGCUUCGACUGCAUCGUAACGCUGGAGGGAUUCUACCAGUUCAAGGAGCAGUGCCACACGAACGACGAAUUUCUUAAGGGACUUCCGCCCAAGGACAGUGCCGAUGGGAGCGAGGAUGAAGCAACGCACUACGAAUGCCUGGAGAAUGAGCCUGUGGUCACGACGUACGAGAGCAGCGACGAGGAAGGACUGGUGAAGGAUUACGAUUUGAUUGAAGCGCUUUCGCCGGUGAAAAGGAAAGAUUCUCUUGACGAGGGUAAGCCGGAUGUGAAGCGAAUCAAGGUUGAACCCGCGAAACCCGAACGGCCCCGGAGACCGCCCGUAGCUCGCGAUUUCGAACAGGACGAGCUGGAAAAGAUCGGCCAGCAGCUCAACAUUUCCGCCCUGGACAAGCUGCAGGUCCUGCGCGAUUCCUACCCGGAUUUCUUCCACUUUGAGCGGGGAAAGCGGUCCGUCUACUUUACGCUGGUGUUCUACGGCGAACGGUACAACUCGGCCAUCUACUGCGACGCGUACACCGUGUGGCAGUGCGCCAACCGGCGUCGGUUCCAGUGUCCGGCCCAGGUUAGCGCGACGAACGACUACACCGAAUUUGAGCGCCGGUUCGAGCACACCCACGGCGAAGUGAUCGAGAAGGAGCCGAGUGACCGGUUCACGCCGAAGCAGGCCCUGCCGGAGGUGUUUAAGCUGUGCCGGCAGAACGUGAUGAAGAGAAAAGCCAAAGGACGGCUAGCGCAGAUGGAAAGGAAAAUGAAGCACGAGGAGGAAGCGACCAACCUGCGGCGGAACGUGGUCGUAGAAGCAGUUGCAGAGCAAGAGCAAGUGACCCAGGUGUACGACAACAAUUCGUUGCUUCGGGUGCUGCGCGAUGGAGACAGCGACGGACAAGAGGAUGAAUUUGUAGAGUACGAUAGUUCGGAUAGCGCGUAGAUUGAUGAGUACGCUAAUC